AAAUCAUAACAUCGGAUAGCCGUGAUGGCCGCCAAAUGGCAUGUGGGUUGCUGAUUAAAAGUUCGUAAAAGAUCAAAAUGAAAAAAACAAUGUACCGACUGACCACCUUCAACAAAUAGAUUCAGCCUUUAUGUACAUAUAUGUAGUCUCCGUACAAGCCGUGACAAUGCCAGUCUGGCUCAAACCGCAAUAAAUCAACAUAGGACUCAGGGGCAUCGGAGAGAAUUGACUGGAAUAUGAAGCUGUGGGUCCAUCAGAAAAGCUUUAGUGAGGAGGAGCUCAUUUUGAACCCAAAGGAGUUCCCCGGCAUAAAAGUGGGUGAUAUCUUGGAGAUUUUUCACCCGGAUGAAAAGAACAGCCAUCUCCUGUUACAAGUAAACACAUUGAAAGAUGUAGAGCUACCACAGAAGGAGAUUAUCAGCGUGGAUCAGACGAUAGCUAACCUGUUCCAACUGAGAGCCUACAAAGAUGUUGAGGUUUGCCGUGUGUCGUCAGUUCAAGAUGUUGGUCUGGAUCUUGUGGAGUUGGUCUUUAAAGAUCAGUACAUCAGUCGCAGUGACAUGUGGCGACUCAAGAACAGCCUGCUUCCCGAGCCAAUCCCGAGUGUCCCCCAUCCUAUCAAGCAGCUGAAGGAAUCUCUUGGGGGUUUCUCACCCUCAUCCUCAAGGGUGCGAUCUUGCCUCCAUGUCCAGCAGAAGAUAGAAUACUCCGGUAUCCGGGCUCAGGUCAACGAACUAUGGGCUCGUGGAGAGAAGGUGAUGUGUGGUGCAGUGACUGAAGAUACACGCGUUGCGUUUCGCUCGGCCACUGCCAUGGUGUACAUGUUCAUACAGAUGAGCUCAGAGAUGUGGGACUUUGACACGUGCGGUAAGUUCUUUUUUUGUGUCUCUUUGUCAAGAUUUUGAUUGAUUAUCAAAGGUUGUGGACACUAUUGGUAAUUACUCAAAAUAAUUGUUAGCAUAAAA